CCUAUCGGAGACGCCGUACGGUGGCUUAAAAUAACCUCCUCCAGAUGUCUAUGAUUGGACAGCUGCAGAAGAAGAUCUGCCUGCCUAAGGAAGUGGGACUGUGGGAAAAAGGGGAACGAUCGAAGGGUCAGAAACCAAAAAGAAAGAGAGAGUCACAGGAAAGGGCAGGGGACCAUCCAUAGGGUGGAGUAAGACCAGGAGAGUGGAUCUAAAGGAUGGACAUGGCUCUGUAGGGCUAGAUCACAAGAGAUACAGGAACGUCUCCGUAAACUGCUGAGUUGUAGGGGGAAGUCUCUCACGUGCACAUGUGGGUCAGUGGUGUGCAGAGAGCGAGUACAGCACAGGGGUAGGUAUUGGGAAACACAGACAAGGCGAUCUGGGAAGGAAACAGAGCAAGGCGAGUGCUGUCGGUGGCAAAGGAAGGACAAGACCUACAGAGAAACAAGCAGUGGCCCAGUAACUUAACGAUUUUAGGGUCUGCAAGGCCUGGGGUUCAAAAAGGUCAAGAAUAUGGCUGCCAAAGUAGAGACCAGAUUGGCAUUCACCAGAGAGACCCCAACAGAGCCAGCUCUGAACAAGAUGGAUGCUUCCACAGAAUUGUCUGAGUUGCCCAAUGUUGUACAGUGCGGGACCAUUGAAGACCUGCUCCACCACAUGGCCCCUCAGCAAGGACAGGCUAGGACACCCCAAUGCUGGGAAGAUGCCUGGCAGCAGAUAUUACAGGUCAUGGGCAGUGAGCCUUUGACAAAGACCAUGUCCAGUGGAGAACCACAAACCGAAGGAGUUGAUGCUGCUCAAGAAAAUGCCAAGCCAGCAGGUAUGUUGGAGCAGCCAGCUACAGACGUCAAUGUCCCUCCUGAGAUCACGCCAACUUUGCCUUUCCCACCAAAAAACAUGUGGAUGCUGCACUUCCAGAUAGACGAGGAUAUUGAAGCCUGCUUGGAGACCUUUGAAUGGAUGGCCUACACCCACCAUUGGCCCAGGGAACAGUGGGUGGCCCGGCUGAAGCCAUACCUGAGCUGCAAAGCCCUCCUAGCCUGCAAUGUCUUGGGCCAUGACGUGGUUCCCACCUAUGAUGCGGUGAAGGAGAGCAUCCUGUGUCGGUACGGCAUCACUCCCGAGAUGCAGCGCCGGGGCUUCAGGGAAUUCCGAUACCAAGAGGCCAAGGGCCCCCGAAAAGCCUACCAGAAGCUCCGCAUGCUGGGACGGCGUUGGCUGAAGCCCGAGAAGCACACCAAAGAGCAGAUCUUGGAGCUACUCCUUUUGGAGCAGUUUCUGGCCAUCCUGCCACAGGAAAUGCAAAGCUGGGUCCGAGAACGUAGCCCUCAGACGUGUACCCAGGCUGUGGAGCUUGCUGAAGGUUUCCAGCUGAGAAAUGAGCCACCCAUUCCAUUGGAAGACGUCUGUGUGAAGUUCUCUGAAGAAGAGUGCCUCCUAACAGAGGAGCAACGAGCCUUAUAUCGAGACAUUGUGCUGGAGAAUUUUCAGAAUGCCUCCGCUUUGGGAAUUCCUCAGGAGAAGCCAACACUAAUUAAGCAAAUACAAGAAGAGAGAAUACCCUGUUUUCAGGAUUAUGUCCUGAGAGGAGAUUCUCAAGAUAAUCCAUUCACAGGAUUUCCUCUGGAGAAUCUAGACGUAAUUAGGCAGAUGCCAAAAGAGGGAAUACACUGUCUUCAAGAUGAUACCUUGAGAGAAGAUUCGCAGGAGAGUCCACUCACAGGAGCAUCUCUGGAGAAACCUGAGGUAAUUAAGCAGGCACAAGAAUUGGGAAUACCAUGUUUUCCAGAUGAUACCCUGAGAGGAGAUUCUCAAGACUGCCAUUUCAGAGAAAACGCACGGCUUCCAAACUCUACGGAAAAGAGGAUAGCUUCAAAGAAAGCAGAGAUGGAAAUGAAGGAACAGUCCACAGCAGCAGAGGUGACUCAGGACCGUUUGGACUCCAGCAGAGCCCCUGAGGGUGAGUUCCUCAGAUCAGAGAAGCAGCCUCCUCAGCCUCUCAAGCCCAGCCCUGUAAGGACGUCCCCAUCCAGGUCUCAUCCCCGAAAAAAGCAAGUGUCAGCCUCAAAGGGUCAACCACCGAAAAGGAAGAAGCAGCCGCCACCCACAGCCAGUGAGCCUCAUUCUGGAGGAAAGAGACUUCAGCUGCCCUCACCAGGAGAUAUGUCUGGAGGGCUAGGAUCUGACGCCACCCUUUCAACCCCCAAGUCCCUCAAACAGAAAAAGAGAGCAAAGGGACAGGAUGGGCCACCAAAGCUGAAGAAGCAACCAAUGCCCACGGGGAAGCCUCCAAAGCUGAGGAACAAAACUGCGCCUGAUGAUGAGCCCCCGACAUUGAAGAAGGGCCCACAGCAAGAAAAGAAGGCACUGCUUCAGAAGAAGAGGUGCCGCCAGCCGGAAGAAAAGCAGCAGCCGCUGCCACUGGCCCCAAGCAGAAAACCUCACGCGGGCACCCUCUCCGUGAUCACUUGGCACCCGCCAUUCAGUGCCACUGUCGUCUCUGACCUGACAUGCGUGGAGUGUGGCCGGACGUUCCGGCAGAGGGCGGACCUGCGCCACCACCAGUACGUCCACACCCAGGAGAAGCCCUACGCCUGCACAGUGUGCGACAAGUGCUUCCGACAUCCCAGCAACCUCCACAUUCACCUGCGGAUACACAGCGGCGAGAAACCCUACCGGUGCCCCGAGUGCGGAAGGACCUUCUCCCAGAGCUGUAACCUUCGGACACACCGUAAGAUCCACACGGACAGCAAGCCCUUCAACUGCUGCGUGUGCGGGAAGACCUUCCGCCACCGAGCCAACCUCACCAUCCACCAGCGCAUACACACAGGGGAGCGCCCGUACUCUUGUUCCGUCUGCCCCAAGAGCUUCUGUGACCGGUCCAGCCUGGUGCAGCAUGAGCGCGUGCACACGGGGGAGAGGCCCUACGCUUGCCGCGUCUGCGAUCAGAAGUUCAGCCAGAUCUCUCAUCUCAUAAAACACUGCCGGGUGCACCCGGGUGCCAGAGGCCCACCAAAGUCCAAGACCUCCGGGGGGCGCUCCCUGAGCCCUCCGAAGAAUGGUUUCUCACGCUCCCAUGGGAAAGACUCCUUCAGAGUGACAGCAGUGAACAAGCAGGAUCAAAAAUCUGCCUGGGUCUCAAAAACGUGGGUUUCCCCUGCCAAGCCAGAUCCUGCACAGACUGGAACUACCACGUAGAGGAAAGGGUGGAAAACCUUUGGUCUGAGAUCUACAACUCUCACACCCCCAUCCAGCAUGGCCAAUGGGACUAGGGGAAUUUCUCUUGACACGGAGAAAGCCGAAGAAGUAUCAGGAACCUAGUGGGCCCGAGUAGGCAAAAGGAAAUCCCAACGAGGAAGAGUGUGGAUCAGAAUGUUAGAAAGCGGAAGGAAAAAAUAAAGUUACUGCAAUCCCUGUGGCCUUCAUACCUUGUACUUAGCUCCAGUGAACACUGCUGGAUUUAUUUUGGAAUUAACUUUGUGAUUGGGUUCAGUGGAAGGGGGAGGCAGCUCCUCUUUUUGGGCGGGAAAUAACCAAGAAGAGUCAUUUUGAAAUGUUAACUGAUUUAUUAAAUUUAACUUCUGGA